CGCGCAGUAUUGCUGUGGUGCUCUGCAGUUCUGACCCACCUUGGAACUUGGAAGCGCUAUUUUCCCGAGGGUAGAUGUAUUCCGGCACAUCUCGCUGCAAGUUAAGUGUGAUGUUUUGGCUGCAUGUUGUAAAAUCCCUCUCCUCACCACCACCACCACCACCACCACCAACGGCACCUGCGUUUCCAACGACACGUCCUCUCCGGAGUGAUGGGUUCUAAGUUGAGCAGACAGAGAAGUCUCGAUUUGGAGAGCAAAUUGUCCAAGAGGAGACGGCAGAGAAACGACGCCCCCGGCGACAGCGAGAGAAGUGGCGGCGGAGAUUUCUUGUUUACCUCCCUGAUGCUCAAGUCCGACAAGCUCCCGGGGAUGCUGCGGAAAAGCAACCACGGCCCAUAUGUCAGACGCGUGGCUUGGAUCCGGGAAAUCCAGAGGCUUCUCCGGGAGCAGGAGACGGAGCAGGCAGCCGAAGUGCUCAAACUGCUGAGGAAGGACUUGGGCCUCCAGGGGACGUCCCUCAAUGACAUUCUGUACAAGAACGCAGCUUUUCUCAACCUGGUGGACCCCAUUUCUCAUGAGCUGCUGCUCGGUCUGGCCCGGGACCUGCAGUGUCCAAAGAGGGAGACUGACUCCCUCAAGUCCACCAACAAGAUCUGCCGCCAGCUCAUUUACCACCUGACCCCUCACUCCAAGUGGACUAGACAGAGCGUGCCCAGGAGGAAGUCUCAGGCCUGUCUGAAGACCACCCUGAAGAAGAAACUGUCAGGUGACGUGGUCAACCUGUCAGGCAUCCCGCUGUCUGGCCGAGACGUCCACCGCGUGGCCUUCUACCUCCAGAGCAGCAGUGACGCAGUGUCGACUGUAGACCUGAGCUUCACCGAGCUGCAGGACGAGAGCUUACGGCUGCUACUGCCUUACCUCAGCGGCCUGCCGAAACUCACCAUCCUAGCUGUCAAUGGCAACCGUCUGACAGUGGCCAUCCUGAAAGACCUGACAGACACAGUCAAAGAUCCUAAGAAGUUCCCCAGCCUGGCCUGGAUCGACCUGGGCAACAAUGUCGACAUCUUCACUGUGCCGCAGCCGCUGCUCGUGGCCCUGCGGCGGCGCUUUGGCUUACGCAGCAGCCUCCCCACCAUUUAUGAGUACAGUGAGGCGCAGGCAUUCGGUCACUACAACCCAAAUAUGGAGACCUCUGUGGAGGAGCCCAGUCUGUACGAGGAGGGAGAUGUAGAGGAAGAUGACAGAGAGGAGGAGGAGGACAGGCUGGAGCUUCAAGCCUGGGGCUUUGGAGAAGAAAACAUGCCAAAAAAUGUGCCGCUGCACUUCUGUGGGAGGUGAUCACCCAGAGCUGCUUUCUUUUGGACUGCCAGCCCCUUGUAUUCCUCUGUAUAUCAUCGCCCCAAAGUCUAGCUUCCCGCGCAAGCAGAUGUCACCGUGGCAGAAGAUGCUUACAGUGACCCACAUGUUUCUGAAAAUAAUCUAUCUGUGUUGUGUUUCCCUCUGGAUGCUCUGACUGCUGAAACCCAGAAAUGUGAUGCAGAAAGUUUGUACAGACAGCAAGAAUAUAUUUAUAUGGAUUGAUUUCACCUUUAGUUGUCCAGGAGGAGUUGAACUGAACUGAGCAGGCUUGAUUUUUUUCCAGUGCUUUAUGUUCCUAAGGUUUUGUGAGCUCACACCUAGAAGCUUCCUAUUAUCUGUCACUGUCCACUGGAGCCGCUGGGGUUAAGUGCCUUGCACAAGGGCACCUCAGCAGUUGCUGUUGAGGACAGGGGAGCGUUAUUAAUUCACAUUCCCCAAGCAUAUUUUUCUAUCCGGCCCAGCCUCUCUAAGAACUUCACCCCUG